AUGAGUGAUUUUCCGAAAUACAUCGUUCAAUACACUCAUCAAAAGAAACAGAAAGCAAAGCGAUGGUCUGACGGAUAUGUGCUACUCAAGGCCAACAAAGUAGUGCUCUAUGAAGACGACAGUAACAAGGUUAUCGACUCCAAGUUUCUCUCCUUCUCCGCACUGCAAGUCGAUCAAGAGUUGGAGACUGAUGGUUUUCUCAUUCGUGUAAUAGAAUUGGCUUCUUCUACUUCUUCAAAUCAACAACCAAAUACAACUACAACCAAUACACAUAUACCUUUAUCGACGUCGUCAUCGUCGUCAUCAUCAUCAGGUACCAUUGGUCAAGCAAAGACAGUAGUGAAAAAGACUAAAUUUGCUGUACCUGUUAGUAGUAGCAAUCCUAUUGCUAAAUCAAACAACAUGGCUGCUAAAAGGGAAAGAGUAGUCAAUUAUGGUAGUUCAUUUGAUGAUGUGUCUCAUAGAAAUGGUACCGAUUCAAAUGUUGGUGCAUCAUCAUCAACGACACCAAAUGGAAACUUAUCAUCAUCAUCAUCAUCAUCAUCGAAAUAUAACUAUAAUACAAGUGGUAACAAUAACAACAACAUCAAUAAUAACCAAGAUGACGAUGUUGCAAUAUUUGUUCAACCACAAAUAAAAAGGGGUGUUGGUUUAAUAGGGCAGAGUGUAAAGCCUGUUGCUGCCAAUGCUCCUGCUCCUGCUCCUGCCCCUGCUCCUGUUCAUCCUCCUCAACAACAACAACAACAAAAGGUUAAUAGACAUAAUCAUUCUUUUCAAGAUGAUGUGCACCAAGAGGAAGGGCAUGAAAUUGUGCUAGAAGAUGAAGAAUACCUAUUUUUAAAACAACAACAAGAGAGAAUUCAACAACAAAUGCAAGCUAGACAACAAAUGUUGGAAGAAGAGAAAAAAAGGAAACAAAUGCAAGAAGAUCAAUCAAGAAAACAAGAGCAACUCCAACGAGAAAAACAAGCUCCAACAACAGCAAAUCCAACGAGAAAAGGAACAACUCCAACAACAACAACAACAACAAGAGCAACUCCAACGAGAAAAACAACAACAACUUCAACGAGAAAAGCAACUCCAACAACAACAGCUUCAACGAGAAAAGCAACUCCAACAACAAGAGCAAACCCAACGAGAAAAACAACAACACCAACAAUUGGUAGAGCAACAAGAACAAGAAGAAAAUAA